AUGCGCCUCGGCGGCUACCUCGACCGCCGCACCACGCUCGCCAACCCCGCCAACCAGCCCACGCCCCGUGUCUGGAUCCGCGAGCUCGGGUUCGUGUGGCAAGCACCGGUCGCAGGCGAGGAGAGCACAGGGAAGGGGCGCAAGGACAGGCCACUAGGCGACGAGCUAUCGCUCUUCGACGGCCAGGCCACGGUCACCAUGGACGCGCACGAGAAGUCGGGCCCGGGCAGUGCUGAUGUGGACAAGUACACGAUACGCAUCGAGGGCCUUCUGGAAGCGGAGAUCCGCGUGCGCGCCGCGCACCCGCUGCUGCAGCGCGACGGCGACGCGAUGGUUCAUCUUAACCUCGAGCUGGAGCAGGUGCACUAUUCCAUGGACGUGCAUGGCGUCCUAGGACAAAUGUAUCGCGAUGAGGCUAUGGAGGAGGGGACUAACCUAGACUACUCGGUGAUAUCCGCUCUUUUGACGGACACCGUUCGCGCUGAAAAGGCCGCAGACGAGAACUCGACCUCGGAUCAGAAGCAGCAGCAGCAAGGAUCCGAGGAAUCCAGGCAGACAGAGGGAUCGAAUUCGUUUCUGGAUCUGGGCAAGUCUGACGUGGAGGAUGAGGGAGAAGGUUCCAACAACGGUGGAGACCGUGCUGCGGUUUUGGACAAAAUUAGGGGAGCCCUGCGCACAUCUGCUUGA